GUUAAACUUCAUAAUUUAGAGGUUAAUGGGAAAAACUAGACUUGUUAUUUAUUUAUGAUUAUAAAUUAUUUUGUCUUGAGAAUAGUAGAAGUAUAUAGUAAAUAAUAAAAAGCCGUUUCAAGUUGACUCUUUAAUACUUUUGACAUGUUCGCUUUAAAAGAUAGUUUCAUCAAACCACUGAGAAGAUUUAAUUCAUCGUCGGCUGCAGCUGAGUUUUUCAAUAGGAACCCUCGAAACUUAGAAAGAAUGCGUAUUGGACGAAAACCUGAUGGAUAUCAUUUAGAAAAACCUGGUAGAAAAUUCUGGCACAAACUUGAAGUAAAAGGUUCUAAUCGAACAAUAACAGCACAAGUAGUGCACUAUAUUAAUGGUCCAGUGGUUGAAGCUAAAACUUCAGAAUGGGCCCUCAGAAAACAAUUAUACAGUAUGGUAGAUACAUGUGCAUAUAUGAACUUGGGCAGAGUACUUGCACAACGAUGUCUUGAGUGUGGCAUAUCAGAAAUGUAUUGUGACCUGAAACCACAAGACGGAAGCAAAAUUGAAAAAUUUCUGAAAGAAUUUGAAAAUGGAGGGAUCAAUUUGUUUGAGUUAGAUGUAUAUAAGAAUCCUCAACCAUGGGAUCAAUUUAGGCCAGAGAAGCCAUGGGAAGUAAUAGAAGAAUAAUAACAAUGGGCAUGUUACAGAAUAGAAAUUAGUAAUACAUAAUUAUUUGUUUGAAAA